CCAGAGCUUAUUUAAUCGGCUUAUAGGGAUAGCUCUCGUACGCAGCGAGCGAGUCUGGUCAAUAUUGUACUAUUAUCGCUCUUGUGGCCAAUAAAGGUUCACUCUAGAUCAAGAAAAUUCCAACGAAGAUCAGAUUGAAAAUCUGAAAAAUUCUAAACAAAUCCAACGUUUUUCGACAUAGCAUUGUUCACAAGACUAGGACCAGAACAUAUAUCUUACAUACUCCUACAUACCCAUAGAAGCUCCAGUUAUCUCCAUUCACAUGCGUAUCUCCAGACGACACAUAAGGCUAACGACGUUCGCGUUCGUGGUGAUUCUUCUAAUGAUCACCAUCGCCAGGCUUUUUCACAGAGGUGUUGUGCUGAAACCGGCACCCGUCAAAGAAACACAUAGGUCUAUCAAGACCGAAGAUUCGGAAAAGCUCGAAAAACUAGUGCUGUUCAACAGGAUAGAAAGCUAUCCGUUGUCGGAGGAGUUGACUAAUAACGAUGACUUCUUUUCUGGCAUCGACAUGAAGACGUUCACUGACCCAUUUCACUAUAUCAACGGCAAGACAAGUGACUACGAGUUUAAUGAAGACACCAUGUGCCGUAAGAUCGAGCUUCUGACGACUUUCCAAGUCUCUAAACAAAAGUACUUGGAUGCUGAUUUCGCCAAAUACAAAGUGGCAUUGGAACAGAACCCGUUGUAUGCCAAAAUAAUACAGGAUGCCCGUGAUAAGUUCCAGCCCAAGAUACCGGAGGAGCAGCAGUGGUUCCGGUUUGCCGGUUCGUCUGUCUGGCUUCCUCAAUACGACUGCCAUUACAUGGUGUCAAGAAUCAUGUACAGUCCUUCAGGAAUCGCCAACAAGGCAUAUGCAUCGUUUUUGUACAUCCAAUUGUUCGACAAGAACUGGAACGAAUUACCAGAAACGACGUUGAGCUUGCCGUAUGAACUGAAACAGACUCAGAAGGUCGUUAAUGCUGAUGGGUCAGUGCAAGAAGUCGUGUUGGAAACGAUCAUAGCCUUCAGAGAUGUCACCUAUCCAUCCUUCUUACCCAUCAACUUUGAGGUCCAGUUGGAAACCGACAACGGUAAGUACUACUGGGGCCCCGAAGACCCACGUAUCUUGUUGCGCAGAAGUCCCUUGGGCUACGACGAGCCCGUAAUUGUAUACAACAUGAAACAUUUAGAUCUCCAGAAACGAGUCAUGAACUUGUAUUUGCCAUUCCCCAAUGUGGCCAAUGUGUUGCGCAAACGUAGUGAGAAAUUUGCCAACAUCGAGAAGAACUGGACCCCAUUCAUCAGUCGUAGAGAAAACCAACAUUUGAAUUUCAUUUACUCCAUCGUACCUCUUGAAAUUUUGACUUGUGAAAUCGAUACUGCCGUAUGCGAUUUCUUGCAGAAGCCAGUUAAACAGGACUAUAACUAUGUUGGUCCAUUGCGUGGAGGUUCUCAAUUGGUAGAGUUACCUUUCUCAGAUUUGAUUCCUAAGACCGUGCAAGACAGAUUCAAGUUCCCAGAAGGAAGAAGAGUAUAUAUAGGAUGGGCUCGUGCUCAUCUCAACAACUGUGGAUGUGGUGAGUCGAUGUAUCGUCCUAAUAUGAUAACGUUGAUUGAAGACUACGACGCGAACCAGAAUAAGUACUACUUCAAGUUGGGUGAUGUGUCUGAGUACUUUGACUUCAAUGCCUAUGUGCCUCCUUGGACGAUUCCACUGUUCGACAGCAACGGCCAGAUGAUUGAGUCAACACCAAAGCAAUGCGAGGGCAGAAACGUCUUGAUUCCCAACUCCAUUGCCUACUGGGAUAUACGUUCCAUCAUCAAGGGUGACACGUUAUACCAUCGUAAGUACUUCAACUAUAUUCCUGCUGAUGAGCCCGUGGUAAAGUCGGCAAAGGGAGUGUUGAAACACAAUGUAGCCGAUGUCAAGAAAGACGUCAAGCCUCGUAUUCUUUUCAACGACCACAUGGGUGUCACUUUGUCUGCUGCAGACAGCGACGUCAGUAUUGUCCAUGUGCGGGGGUUGUUGAACCACAUCUUGAAGUUGCCGUCGCUCUUGGAUGCCGGUACCGUUAUCAGCGAUGACUACAGUUUCGAACAACGAGGCUACGAAUUCAACAAUAAGUGUGCCAUGAAGGCCAGUGCCGACUACUGUUCCAAGUACGGUGAGCGAAUGGCAAAGCAAGUCGAGGCAGUUGAAAAGGCAGCCGACCCGGACCAUAUAUAGACAUAGAGACAAGCCCACAACACAGACUAGACAGGGUACUCUAGACGGGCGACUGAAGUAUUCAAGUUGUUGCUACAGGCGUGUGCCAUUAUUGAACGGAAUUUAAUAAACUUUACAUUUGCGUAGUGUGGGAAGCAGAAUUAGAAUAAACUGUACAAAUACUCAGAUACCAAAUAAAUCCUUGCUAGAAUAUUCAGCGCUAGACAGUUGGCAAAAUGUCUACUACAAAUACAGAACAAUAUGUAUAAUUGUAUAACUAGUCAAUAGAAACUGGCAGAGUGCCUGAAGAUGAGGAUUCAGCUCAGCACAUAAGGAUAGAAUGAAGUUCAGAAUAUUUAGAAAACUUUGCAGAAUGAAUAAAGAAUAUAUGUUCACUUUAG